AUGUCCAAAGAUGUUGGUCAGGGAUCCUCCUUCAACAGGGUUCCUAGUUGGGGUGGCCGACCUGAAACCUUUUUUCAUUACAUCACAGAGAUCAAAUGGCAUUUAGCUGGAACGAAAUCCUCAGAAAGACCGUAUGCAGCAGCAAGAUUAGUUCGUCGCAUCUUGGAGAGCGAUUAUCCUUCCCUCAAGUCCUUGGCCUACAAACUGGACCCAGCGGACUUCACCACCGAAGAUGCUGUGACUCGUCUGAUAUCAUUUUUGGAGGCUUCGCCAAUGAACCGGCAGCCAAUUCCGGAUGCUGGGCGGCAGUUGUCCGCCUACUACAGGGUUCCGGGAGCGGGAGUGGGAGCACUCAUCCAUCUCGUUUCGCUGGAAACCGUGAACCAAAUGCAGAAGCAGAAGAUGAAGACCUGCCACAGCCGGAUCAACAAUCCUCCCAAGGGUUUUGGACGGGGCAAAGGACAUAUGGCAAAUAUAGUGGAAGAGUUUGAGGGUGAGGACAUGCAGUACCAAGACUAUUGGGGCAGUAGUCAUGACUAUCCUGAGGGUGAAUACCUUGAGGAUGGUUACUAUGGUGAAGAGUUUCAGGAGACCGCAGUUGAUCCUCAAGCUGAAGAGUCUGAGGUGAAUCCAGAAUCCAUGACCGAGGACCAAGCUUUGCAUGUGAUUUCACAGCUUCAAGAAGAAGAGAAAGAGCUGAAUGCCAUGAUGGUUGAUGCUCAGCGCAACUUGGAGCAAGCUAGACGUGCAGUCCAAGAAGCAAAGAAGGAUCGUGGCUGGAAGAGCUCAGGUUCAAAGGGUUCUCCACCACACGGUUCCCAGAAGGGCACCAGCACGUUCACGCAGGGCAAGGGACAUCGGUCACAGACCAAUUUCUUUCAGCAGAAGGGGCAUGGGUUUCAUGGCAAGGGCGGCUACCACAACCGUCCUUUCGGUUCCUCUGGUUGGCGUCCACCGCAACAGAAUCGUUUUGCAGGGCGUUCAAACUUUCAGAAUAGGAAUCAGAUGUCUCAGAGACCUUCCUCUCAUGCUGGGAUGUUCAUGGAGCCUCAAGAGCACCACAUGAUGACUAUGACAGACAUGAUCCCCGAGGCAGAAUUCUCACCAGACCUUUCCUUUUUCCCAGUGAGCCAAGCGGAUUCGCGUGCUGCCAUCCGACCUGAAGAGGCUAUCAUCGAUUCAGGUGCAACGGUGUCAGCCGGUGGCGAGACAGCUGUGAAGAACCUUCUCCACAGUUUGGCCCAAUCGCGGCCAGACCUUAGCUUGACAGUCGUCACAGAAGAUCGGCCAUAUUUCCGCUAUGGUUCGGGAUCAUGGGGUCAGGCUAGUUACAAGGUGAAGCUCCAUUUUGGUUCCAUAACCCUACAACUGUACGCACUUCCUUCACCGGGUGUUCCUGUUCUGUUGGGUAUGAGAGAAAUGCAACAACUGUGUAUGAUAGUGAACCUCUCCAAUGGUCAUGCAGUUGUUUUGGGCGAGAUGAGACACCUCAGACUGACUCCCAAGAGACAGAUUCUUUUCAGCUUCUUGAAGGACCUUCCCGUGCAACGACAACAACAUUCUGCAGCCAGAUCUCCGAAAGCCGAAUUAAGGACAGACCGAACUCGUUCAUCAGCACGUGUGGCACAGCAGUCACAGCAGUUGAUGACCCUUUUAGAUUUUUCGUUCGAGCCCAAUUUUGAAGAACAGCCAUGUUUUGUGGUACAAGAAUCACAACAGUCGGAUGGCAUUUUCGCAAACUCCAUGUUUGAGCAUUUGUGUGUUUCACCAGAGCAGUGGCAAUUUUUGCAAUCUAGCGCAUCUUCAAGCUCAAAGCAAGUGACCUUCGAUUUGAGUCAGCCUGCCGAAUCUGUGAUCCAAUAUGGCAAACACCGAAGAGUUGGAGAACAAGAUUCAGGCGGCAGUGGAGCGCGCUUUGGCCUCAGCUUCGGCGAAAGUGACGCCGAAGGCGAAAAAGCCAAAAAGGGGCCGAAGGGAGAGCUGGAUCCAACUCGGACCAUGGGAGUCCAUACCCAAGAUCCUCGUGCGAGCAAGGACUUUUGGCCAUGCAAAGGAAAUCACGACCCCAAGCAGUACUCCAACCCUCACGGAGCUUGGCUGGAAUGUCAAAAGUGUGCCCUUCGGAUGCAGUACACUCCAAUGAAGGGAGCAUCAGGUCAGAGCACUCACAUGGACCUGCCUUCCAAUGUCGUCCGGGCCAUGGAGCACCUUCGUAUGGAGGGAUUCAAGGAGAACGAUGUCGACUCACGUCUUGUGAAGAAGACGAUUCGUUAUAUCGAGGGCCAAGAGCUCAUCAAGGCCAAGAAGCCCGGGAAGACUCACGGCGACUUGGACAAAAGGGAGAAAGAGAAGGGAUAUCCAGCAGCCAGCGCCUCCAAUCCGACUCCGGGGCCGGAGAUUCACAACUUGGCCAGCGACGACGAUUCGUGGGAACAGCCAACUCCCAUGAAGAAGAAGGACUCUGGAACGGACUUCUACUUCGAGUGGCCAAAGAACGCAACAGAAGAUCAUCCUGAAUACCAAUCAGAGGAGACUGAGCGGAAGAAAGCUCGACUGGACACCGUGUCAGCUCUGCGUGCCAGGAACAUUCAUCUGUUGGAUCAAGAGACGCAGAAACUGGUUUUGGAGAGAAUCCACUUGCUGGAAGAGGAAGUCAAGAUGAAACAAGAGACAGUGCAGCUUCAUGAAAUGAUCACUCAGGAACGCGAAGAUGAAGCUCACUUCCUGUCCUUCAUCCAGGACGACUUCCAGAGACCCGAGAAGGACCGUCAAUGGGUCUUCCAGAUUGAGUUCGACGUUUCGGAAGAGAUUGCUGAUGCUAAUCCGUUUUUGUACGUGAAGCGAGUCUUGGAAGGGAACAAAAACGUAGAGAUUACCUACAAGCAACUGUCUCAGGAGCAUGUUCCUUUGUUUGAUGAAGCAAAAGCCAGAGAGGUCGCUGAAGUUUUGGGUUCAAUGGCACUUCGCGCAGUACAAUCUAAAGAAGAACUGAAAGAAGCUUUGAGCCAUCCUGAACGCCAUAUUCCCAUGAGGCUGCAAUAG